AUGGCAUCAACCCCGCGAAAAGGCCCUCGGGGCACCCCAGCUUCCAAGAAUGACCAGAUCAAUGCCCGCGCUGCAGACCAGUCGAAAGAAUCCGCCAUACAGGAACAAAAAGCACGCGAAUUGGAGAAUGAAUUCAAGACUAAGCAUUUCGGCGUGAUGGGGGUGCUUACCUGGAUCUUAUUACUUCACAUUGCCGGCAUUUACUUCUUCACCAAGGGCUUCCUGCUCACGCGCAUGGUUCUCGACAAUAAAUCCUCCUGCCAGGAGCUUCCAUUCGAUAUCAUCCCGGGCUCCCAACACGUAACAUCAAAUCAGCAAGCGAAUGGAUGUUGGCAUCAGAAGUCUUUCGACAAAGCUGUUGUCAUUAUAAUCGAUGCCCUUCGAUACGACUUCACAGUACCCUUUGUGCCCAAGGAGGAGAGUGAGGCCGCUCACCUUUUCCACGACAACAUCCCCGUCUUUUACGAGACCGCCAUCAACAACCCGGCCAACGCUUUCCUGCUUCCGUUCAUCGCCGACGCACCCACUGCAACCCUGCAACGAUUGAAGGGACUGACCACGGGAACUCUGCCCACAUUCGUGGAUGCCGGCUCCAACUUCGCCGGCACCGCCAUUGACGAAGAUAAUCUGGUUGCCCAACUGCACAGUGCUGGAAAGACCCUCGUCCAGCUCGGAGAUGAUACCUGGCAGGCUCUUUAUCCCGGAUAUUUCGACGCCAAUCUGACUCGCCCAUUCGAUUCAUUCAACGUCUGGGACCUGCACACUGUUGACAAUGGCGUGAACGAGCAUCUGUUCCCGCUCCUCCGCCCGGAGAACAAGUCCAAGUGGGAUGUGAUCUUUGGCCAUUAUCUCGGUGUUGAUCACGCUGGCCACAGAUACGGCCCGAACCACGCUGCCAUGGCGAGCAAGUUGCAAGAAAUGGACCGUGUGAUUCGUGACAUCAUUGCCGCCCUCGACGACGAUACUCUCCUCGUUGUGAUGGGCGACCACGGAAUGGAUAUCAAGGGCGAUCACGGCGGCGAAUCGGACGAUGAGGUCGAGGCUGCUUUGUGGAUGUACUCCAAGCGUGGCACUUUUGGCCGCACAAGCAAAGAAAGCCUGCUCCCACCUAGUAAUGCAAAGGAACGUCCAAUCCCGCAGAUUGAUCUUGUUCCCACGCUGUCCCUGAUGCUUGGAAUCCCCAUUCCGUUCAACAACCUCGGCUCCCCCAUUGAAGAGGCCUUUGCUGGCCCGAAGGGCAACGACUGGGCCAAUCUGGCUACCGUGAGUCGCCUCACUGCGGCGCAGAUCAAGAGGUAUCAAGCUGCGUAUGAAAUCUCCCGCGGCGGUGCUGAUGACGAGGAGUCGUCCUCGCUUUGGUCUGCCGCUGAAGCGGAGUGGAAGGCUGGCUCGAAGAGUUUCACAUCUAAGUCUACUGCUGUUCGUUCUAGCUAUGAGCUAUAUCGCAAGUACCAGCGUCAUACCUUAGAUGUGUGCCGUGGACUUUGGACAACCUUUGAUGUUCCGAGUAUGAUUCAAGGUGUUGCACUUCUCUUUGGCGGCAUUGCUCUUUUGGUACUGUACGCUCGUGGAAUGAAGAAUGACCGGACUGAGCUUUCCUCGCAGCUCCUUUCGUUUGUUGGCGUUGGAUCUGGAGUGGGUGCUGCUGUUGGCAGUGUCUUGUCACUUUUCGGAUUCACCGAUAUGUCCACCAUCGAUCUGUCCGUCUUCCUUGCUGCGGUGGGAAGUAUGGCAGGUUCUGCAGUUGUCAUGGUCAAGAAGCCCGCCAACUUGACGCUUCCCCUGCCGAAUGGUAUGUGGGGGUGGCUCGCAUUCUUCUUCACUGUUUCCCAGUCCGUCGGAUUCGCCUCGAACUCUUAUACUAUCUGGGAAGAUGAGAUUCUUCUGUUCUUCCUCACGACAUUCGGCGUCUGUGCUGGCAUUUCAUCGAUGCGCCAGAAGACGACCACUGACCGUGUUCUGGGUGUCUACCACUCGGUCCUUUUCGUGAUUCUUGGUCGUCUGGCCUCUUUCUCUCGUCUCUGCCGUGAAGAACAAAUGCCAUUCUGUCGCUCGACCUACUACGCUUCCUCAACCUCCUCCAUCUCAGCCCCCUGGCAGCUCGGAAUCCCCUUUGCAGUCGCCUUCUUCCUCUCCCCGCCGUCAUUCUCAUACGAAGGAGCCGCAACUCUCUGGAUCAGCUACGCAUUCCGUUUCGGCCUCAUAAUCACCUCAAUCUUCUGGGUGCUUGAAGGCGCCGAUGACGGCGAAUGGCUCCCCCUGAGCAAAGAAACGCUCAAAACCAUCCGCGUCUUCCUAGCCCAACUCGUCCUAGCCCUCGCCCUCGCCGCCGGAACCGGCGCAUACAUCUACUCCAAGCCCUGCAUCAGCAUAAGCGUGAACAAGCCACCGGAAGACCCAAACGCACCCCCAGCCCCCAUAAUCGCCGGCGUGGAGCAAAAGCCCCGCACAACCGUGACAAUCCUCGGCUUCGGCAACAUGUACGGCACGCGCUUCUUCUUCCUAGUCCUCAACUUCGCGCUAGCAAUCAUCCUCCUGCAAAAGCCAAUGGGCCAAGGCGCAAUCGCCCUCCUAGUCUGGCAAAUCCUCUCCCUCCUCGAAAUCCUCGACACAAACAGCCUAACACUGUCCAACUCACCCAUCGGCCCCAUCAUCCUCGGCCUCCUGGGCUCCUUCUACUUCUUCAAAACAGGCCACCAGGCCACCCCAAGCUCCAUCCAGUGGGAAACAGCCUUCAUUCCCUUAUCAACAAUCAAAUAUCCCUGGACCCCCCUCUUCGUCGUGCUCAACACCUUCGGCGCGCAGAUCCUCGCCGCCCUCGCCGUCCCACUCACCGUUCUUUGGAAACGACCCCUCCAAACUUCAGACCGUGUUUCGGGCCAGGGUGCUAAAUCCGCGAACCCGGCGACGAAACUCCUUUCCGACGUUGUCCAGGCUGUUGCUACACAUACGCUGUAUCUGGCGACUAUCAAUCUCGCUACGACGAUGUGGGCGGGUCAUCUCCGCCGCCAUCUGAUGCUUUAUCGGAUUUUCAGCCCUAGGUUUAUGAUGGGUGCGGGCGUGUUGGCUAUUGUUGAUGUCGUCCUUAUGGUCUUUGCUGUUGGCGGGGUGCGGUGGAGUACGCUGAGUGUUGGUGAGAUCUUUGGCUGGUGA